UCUGAUCGAUAUUAUAUAAAUUUUCCAAUUCAAAUUUCUGUUUUAGUUAUACAGAUUUUAAAAGUUGGAAAAUCCAAAAUUAUAUUCAGACCAAGAUAAUGCCAACCUAAUUUCAACCCACGGUACCUUCUUCUCUAUUUCAAAAUUUUAAGAACCCUAAAUCCUCUUCCGUGGCCAAUCAAAGAGAACGCACGUUGGUGCCACUGUCGCGCUGGUGGGUGGGUUUGCCGGAGAUUAAGAUCAAGGCUAGAGCACUGCGUGUUGGGAAGGUUGUUACUGUCAUAAGGUUAGUUAGCAAUUCGACUAUAAUUUCCGAUUUGCCAUUUUAUUGAACUCUUUAGGGUUUCAAAUGAAUUCGAUUUUUCUUCAAAAAGACAGUGAGAAAUGCUGGGCUUUUCAUAUGGAGAAAUAUUUCUGUUGCUUGGAGCCACUGCUGCUCUGAUAGGUCCAAAGGAUUUACCAAUCAUAUCCAGAACAGCAGGGAGACUUGCUGGUAGAGCUAUUGGAUAUGUACAAUUGGCUCGUGGUCAGUUUGAAAAUGUUAUGCAGCAAUCCCAGGCUCGCCAGGUUCAUAAGGAACUGCAAGACACAAUGGCUCAGCUAGAUGCUAUUCGUCAUGAAAUUCGAAGCAUAUCAAUCAUAAAUCCUGGCCCUUUGACACGAAGAUUUGCUGACAAUCCUGACCAGACAUCUAUCCCAAAUGACUGUAAGAAACCAGAAGAUUCUGGAGAGAAUCACCCGAAUCCCACUGUUAUCAAGGACUCAACUUCUGUGUCUUCUAAUUCAUGCAAUAUGCAAAAUCAAGCAACCAUUUACGCCAGAUUUGCAGAGUCCCCUUCCAUAAAGAAUGAGUUGUCAGCAAUUAGUCCUGAACUGGAGAAGAUAGAUGACAAACUGCAGCUUACUGUCUUACCCAUAUCCGCUGAAAAUGCUGGACUAUUACCAAAUCGUGGGGCUGAUGUGAAAGGAUCUGACAUAGUUCUAGAAGCAAUUUUGGAGGCAGAGGUAGCUCAUAAAGCAAAGGAAUUUUUUUCGCAGCCCCAAAACCAAGCCAAAUAUGAUUGAUUUGGUAAUCCUACAUAAACAUAGUACCUUAAAAUCUGUAGAUGCUGAAGUUUCUCGCAUUGUUAAAUGCAAAAUAAUAAUAUCGAUUCUUGAAUUUUC